AUGGAAACAUUUCUGAUAUACUUCAUCAUUCUCUGUGCCGUCUCAGGUCUGCCUCAUGAGCCGCAGCUGAGGUGUGUUGCAGCUCGUCAGCCACAACAACUGCCAUCUCAAACCGCCACACCCCUUCUUUCUUCCCCCAUUUGCCCCCGAGCUGAGCUGAAUGCAGCUGUAGGAGAAACUGUGAUGUUCACUACAACACUGUCUCCAUCAGAGAAGCCGUUUACAUCUGUGAUCUGGAGUUUUAAUAUCUCUACGCCUAUAAUAUUCAUAAUUAACUCAGAAGAAACUAUUGGACCUGAGUAUGAAGGCAGGAUCACCUUCUUCCCAUCUACUGCGUCUUUGGAGCUCAGGAGUCUCACUCUGGAUGACAUUGGAGAAUACGUUGUUAACAUUAUACAAGAUGGAACAAUCGCGAGUGGACGUACUACUCUGGUGAUAUACGAGAAAGUCUCCAAUGUGUUGGUAACUUCCAGCAGCACAGACUUGGUUGAGUUCAGUGGUUCUGUCUCUCUGUCCUGCUCUGCCUCUGGAUCCUCUCUCUCUUUCCUCUGGUUGAACGGCAGCUCUGAGGUUACAGCAAGUGACAGAGUUCAGCUCACUGAUGGAGGCUCCAAUCUGACUAUAAUCAAUGUGACCCGCUUUGACCAGGGACCAUUAAUGUGUCGUGUGUCCAAUCAUGUCAGUACUGGUACCAGUGAUCCAGUAAACCUCUGCAUCAGCUAUGUCCCAGAAAAUAUCAAUUUGAUCUUAUCUCCAUCACAAGGAUACUUUGCUGUAGGGUCAGACAUCAGCAUCACCUGCUCGGUUGGAUCCAGACCUCCUGCCCAGUUUAAGUGGUUUCUGAAUGGAGAUCAGCUGCCUGAUACUGGAUCAGAGCUCAGACUGAUGAAUGUUCACAUGAGUCAGAGUGGAAACUACAGCUGUCAGGCCUUUAACAACAAAACUCUGAGAUCUCAAAAAUCUCAGCCUUCAGCCAUCACUGUACUGGACAAUCGUAGACCUAGAAACAGCAUUGAUACCGUGCAGGACCCUCAAGCUACCGGGUCAACGUUAGAGGACAUGAGCUUUUCUGUGAUAAGAUAA